GCCAGAGCCGGCAGCCGCCGCCGGCCGGAGCAGCACAACAGAGGAUGCUUGCCUCCCGCUCGUCGCUUCUCUGCGCGCCCGCCAUCUCCUCCACGUCCUCAUGAAUUAGGGCUGCGCGGUGGGGGUGGGGGACGGCAGCGAGCGCCCCGACGAAACCGGCGCCCCAGGCAUGGCCGGCUCGUGUGCCGUCCAGGUGAAGCUGGAGCUGGGGCACCGAGCCCAGGUCAGGAAGAAACCCACCGUGGAGGGCUUCACCCACGACUGGAUGGUGUUUGUCAGAGGCCCUGAGCACAGCAACAUUCAGCACUUUGUGGAGAAAGUCAUCUUUCACCUGCACGAGAGCUUCCCCAGGCCGAAAAGAGUGUGCAAGGACCCACCCUACAAAGUUGAAGAAUCUGGAUAUGCUGGUUUCAUUUUACCGAUUGAGGUUUACUUCAAAAACAAGGAAGAGCCUAAGAAAGUUCGAUUUGACUAUGACUUAUUCCUGCACCUUGAAGGCCACCCACCUGUAAAUCACCUCCGCUGUGAAAAGCUCACAUUCAACAACCCGACAGAGGAAUUCAGAAGAAAGCUGCUAAAGGCAGGAGGGAUGAUGGUAAUGUCAGAUGGCACAUCGUUUUCUUCAGGGCAGAGCCUUCAUCUCCCCAGCCUUCCCAGUAACUCUCUGUCUUUUUCUGAAGUGAAGAAGAAAUCAUCUCAUGGGCCAAAGGACCCAGCAAGGAUUCUGAACAUAAAUAGCAGCAGCAGUAGUAACAGUUUUUCAAAGACCCAGAAGUUAACAAAGGAGCACAAAGAAAAAAAUUCUAAAGACUCAAAAGAACAAAAAAGUGCCUUCAAAGAACCUUCCAGGGAACAUAACAAAUCUUCCAAAGAAUCCUCUAAGAAACCCAAAGAAAACAAACCACUAAGAGAUGAAAAAAUGGUUCCUAAGAUGGCCUUCAAGGAACCCAAACCCAUGUCCAAGGAACCAAAAUCUGAAAACACUCCUAUCCUUACCAUAACAUGUGGGCAGCAGCAAGAAAAGAAGACUCUCACAAAAAGGCCCUCAAUGCUGGACACUGAUGAAUCUUCUGCAAGAAAAAGAAAAAAACCCAGCUCGGAUUCAUUAUUUAAAAGUUUUCCUAGUGCCCCACCACUGAUUCUUACUUGUUCAGACAAAAAACAGACAAAAGAGAAAUCUCAGCUCAAGGUGGCGAGGGUCAAAGUUGAAACUGAUGCACUGGAAAGGAAGACGCCUACUCUGCCACCCUUCGAUGACAUUGUAGAUCCCAGUGAUUCUGACAUGGAGGAAAACGUGUCCUCCAAAUCUGACUCUGAACAGCCCAGUCCUGCCAGUUCCAGCUCCAGUUCCAGUUCCAGUUUUACACCAUCUCAAAACAACAGACAACAAGGUCCAUUGAGAACUAUAAUGAAAGAUCUGCAUUCAGAUGAUAAUGAAGAUGAAUCAGAUGAAGCAGAUGACAAGGACAAUGACUCUGAGUUGGAACAACCUGUAAAUACACGAGCAGGAGGAGGCAGGAGUCGCAGGGUUAGUCUGAGUGAUGGCAGCGACAGCGACAGCAGCUCAGCUUCCUCACCGCUGCGUCAUGAUCCAGCACCACCUGUUCUGAAAACCAGCAACAGCCAGAUUUUAGAAGUGAAAAGUCCAAUAAAGCAAAACAAAACAGAUAAACAAAUGAAGAAUGGGGAUUGUGAUAAGGCAUAUCUUGAUGAACUAGUAGAGCUCCACAGAAGAUUAAUGACAUUGAGAGAGAGACAUGUACUGCAGCAGAUAGUAAAUCUUAUAGAAGAAACUGGACACUUUCAUAUCACAAAUACAACCUUUGACUUUGAUCUUUGUUCACUGGACAAAACCACAGUCCGUAAACUACAGAGUUAUCUGGAAACAUCUGGAACCUCCUGAGGAUUCAGCAUAUGGCUGUGUCAAAAACUGUUCUUUAAAUGAUGCAUGCAGAAUGAUGCGACCAAAAUGGAGGGGAAAAAAACCAAAAACCUCUUCAGCUUUUUUUUUUCCUUAAAGCCAGUCUCUUGAUAAAGGAGAGCAAAAGUGACCAGACUCAGAGGACCACUCUUCUCAAGAAGAAAAUGCUCUGGAAGAGUUUGCCUGGAUAGCCUUGAAAAAACAAACACAGAAAAACAAACAAAAAUACUUGUUCUUAAUGAAUGUGUAUGAUAUCAUGUAUCUCUCUCUGUGGUGUUCAAGUCCACAAGACGAAUGCAUGUUCAACACACUGCCUUACUACAUAACUGAUCUAUUUAUUAUUGCAUACAUGUAUCCAAAAGUCAAUGAGUCACUGAGUGACACUACCAGAUAUUGCAAGUAGUGAGGUCCCUUGUGUGCUCUUUUGAUGCAGUACUUUCACAAGCCUAGUAACCUUAUUCACAUUGAAAUGCCACUUCUUGCUCUCUUUCUUUAGUCAAUUAAAACACUACAGUCUUGAUUCCAGCUCUGCAGUUCUGGGAAACAAGAUACAAACGUGGCAACCAAGCAGUGGCCCUGUAUUUCAUUUCCUGUCUACCACAGCAGCUUGGACUGCAAGUCCUUGAUUCUAUCCACUUACUGAUAUUGAUUUUAACCACAGUUAAAAAGUGCACCAAAUAGGUUCAUAUGACUUGCUGUCUAGCCUCAGUGAAUAAACCAAUAAGACUUUUGACAAAAAAUGCUUUGUAUACUGUCCUGAAUCUGGCAACUCUUGCAGUCUACAUUUUUGUGUCCAUUUAAAUGUUGCAAAAUUAAAUAUAUAUUAGAGUGAAGGUGUUCUGCAGGAGCUCACGAUAAAAGAAAAAGUACUGGUCCUGUUUUUAAAGAACACGUUGUAGAAAAUUUUUAAUUUGGAGCUAUUUAUUACUUUGAGUUUCAACACUCUUCUGCUGUGUGUGACUCACUUCUACCAUAAAACUUUUUGCAUAACAUUUUUGUUCAUUCAUAAAGUAAAUGAUCUGCUUAGUUUGUUUUGGGGAUUUUUUUCUGAUUUAGUUUGUUUUUUUACAACUGCUAAAUUAAAACCUUUUGUUUGAAAAGAAGAAAAAAUGUUGUUAUACAGUUAAAUGAAUACAUGAAAUAAAAUACAUGUAUGAUAUCAUCUGUAUGUGUGUUUAUAUAUACACGUGUACUACACCUGUGUAUAUGUAUAUACAUACACACAUACAUGCACAUAUGCUUUUUAAACUUUUCAGAUUUUGGUAUCUGUUGAUAACCUUAUUGUGUUUCCAGAAGAAUUUCUUGUCUAUAAAAAUGAGUAUUCUUUCAUAGCAUCCAUUAUUUCUUGAAAUCAGGAUCCUUGUUAAUGCCUGAUCAAAUUAGAGGAUGUAUACUCAGUGUCACAUUGAUGCUUCAUGCUCUCAUAUUGCUGAUGGUUUCUCAAUGAAAUCAUUGCUUUUAUAUGAAAAACUCAAAUUCUUAAAUGACAAGAGAAAAUAAUAAUUUUAAAAAUACUUCUGGAUGCAAAGGUUUGUUCAGGUUUACCAGACUGAUAAAUGUAUCUUGUUGCUAGACAGGCCAGUAUGUCAUGUGUAUGCUUAUUAUGCCACAUGUAGUCUCUAUGUGUAGAGCUAAACAGUAGUAUCUUUAUGACUUACUGUUUAAUGUGCACAGUUUGUGCAGCACUGAAAAACUAUUGGGGUUAUUUCUUAUUCAGAUGGUAAAUCUUAAUACUGUUUCUUUAAGUCCAAAGAAAAUUUUACACUUUACUCUUUUUGAAAGGGCACGAUACAUAUUGGGUUGGGGGGCUUUUUUCUUAUUUAAAAUGUUGUUUGAUCAUACUCCGCAGGAAGUCCUCCUUAGGCUUCUGAAGAAUAAGUGUACUUUUUCAGUAAUGUUAUGACUCUUAUUGAUGAUUGGCAUGAAGCAUACUUGAAGCGUUAUGUUGUUCUUUUAAGUCCAUGUCUUAAUGUGCAAUUGGGGAGGGGAUGGAGGACUGGGAGUGUAAUGUUAACUUUACUAUUGACAGAAGGCAGGUGACGAUGGGGAAGGGAAAAGGGGUGCAUGUAAAGGGGAUAAACUUCAAUUUUUAUUGAUUGUUUUAUAUAAAAAUGUUUGGUAAUCUAAAAGCAACCUUAAAAACCUUUGGUCUACAAAUGUGUGUUCAACUUUCCUGUCUUCUAGUUAUACCAGAUGUAUAUGGAAAUUUGUCCACUUGGACUUUUCUAAGUCUUGUGGUAAAGACUCAUUGAGUUUCAGAAGGGGAUACUUCUAGUACAACUAUUGCACUGUUUUUUUAGAAAUGGUGAAAUGAUUCAUUUUACCCUUAAAAUACCAGAUAAGCUUUAUUGUACACUGAGAACAGGGAUGGAGGAAAGGAAAAACUAGAUAAAUAGGCAUAAAAGGGAGAUAACAUCAAUUACAGUAUCAAAUCAGUGCUGAAUUUCAUGCAAACUGUGGAUGAUCCUUAAACUCUUAAAUUUUCUAAUUCAAUGAGAGAGAGAAAAUAGACUGUUGGUGUCAAUGUGUGCAUUGACUUUUUUACAAAACUCUGAUAGAAAUAGAGUGACUAAGUUUUGAUCUAAAUUUUAAAGUUAGCUAUUUUCAUCUAAUUUUGUAUAUGGAAACAAAAUAAAUCUAUGUUCACCUAAUUUCAGACAUUCAUCUUUCUCUUAAAGGAGAAACAAGAUACCCUUCCAAGUCUUUAAUGUCUAUGAGCAUUGAUCUUUGAGAUGGGUUAAAGUGUUUUGGCAACAAAGGUUUUGAAGUCUUACUUAGCAUAAAGCUGUUUAAAGCAGUUAUAUAAGAGAAUUUGGACCAGACAGAGUUUAGCAGUAAGUUCCAAUAUCUAGAGUAAUUCUCAGCAUGAGUCACCGUUACUAGAGCAGCAGUUGUAUCCAGUAGCAAAGGCAGUUUUCUCACUAGAAACUUUCCUCCUCAGAAAGUGGAUGUCCAAUUCGGUAGACAAAUUAAAAAAAAAUUAAUUUUUCUUACAAAUCAGCUGAGAGGCUUUACAAAACUUCCAGUAUCAUCUAAAUUUGAAGGCCAUCUUAGUCUGUGCUAAAGAAAAAGAGCUAGAAAGGAGGAAGAGGCCUCCUUUACUGCUCUCAUACACUGAAGUGAAGAGAGUCUUCCAAGGUAAAACUAAAUCUGGGCUCAGUCUUCAGCCUUUGGACUACAAGAAAUGGUUGAUCGUUUCUCUCUCUCUUCAUUGGUUUGAUGUUUUUAGAAAAGUCUAUACUUUCAAUUUCAGAAACAAAAUGCACACAGUACAGUACAUUUGGAGAGCCCAGUAUAUUUCUAUUAAAGUUUCUUUUAGUCUCUGGGAAAGAAAUUACAAGUUCUUGGGUUUUGCCUGGCCCAUUGUUCUUCUUUCCCAUUCUCACAGUGAAAUAAAGUACUUUCACAAU